UUAGAUUUAUGAAAUUUAAGGCUUUGAGACUUGAGAGACACCAAAACCCUAACGAGGCCGUCUGGAAGCUAGCUCCGCCACCAAAUCAAUGGAGGAAGAAGCGAGAGAAGUGGCGGUGAUCGAUAAAGAUCUGAAGAAGAAGAUAAAGGACACGGUGAAUAAGAUAUUGAAACGAUCGAGUUUGUAUCAGAUAACAGAGGUCAAGGCGCGAGAAGAAGCUUCCUCUGAGCUGGAUCUCGAUCUUUCCAAAGAUCCGUACAAACUCAUCGUGAGAGAGGCAGUGGAGAGGUUCGUCGAGAAGGCGGUGAUGACGAUCGAGAGUGAGAUGGGAAAGCACCAUGCUCAGAUUGUGCAAGACGUUGAAGGAGGAAGCGAGAAAUCGACUAAGAAGAAGAAGAAGAAGAACAAAACGAAGAAGGAAGUGUCGGCUGCUUAGAUUCCGACACUUUCAUUUCAUCUAUGCUGCUGUGGUUUUAGCGUUUUAAUUUGUGUCUUUGUUUGAUUCCAACGAUGAAGGCUGUUCAUUGUUGUAACUCAAGUCGAGCUUUUUAAAAAGCUUAUUAAUUAGUAUAUUAUUAUUCAUCUA